UCUCCGCCGCUGCUCGGGACAAAACCGCACGCAGCUGCUUUCAUUUUCCAGUGCUCCAGACUGCACGAGCAGGAGGGGAGGCUCGCGCGUCUUGCUGCAGGGAUAUCACCUCAGAUGGACUUGAUAUAGGACAAGAAUACACAUUUUUUCAUCUGAUAAUGACCACGUAGGUAGUAGUUACAAGUGGGAAACAAACUUGUACAUCCUUCUCCACCGCCACCGGGUUUAAUGUGUUUUAUGUGUUUGCGCUCAACAGUCAGGUAGACUUAUGCGGGCGCAUUUGAACACUAGUGUCGGCGUGUGAUUUAUCCCGUGGAUGCGGCUGUCGGGGUCGGUGUCUGAGCCCUGCAGGAUCAGCCUGUCAUAGGGCAUGAUGAUUUCUCUGGCUCUUCACAAGUGGAUGAGGAAUACUUCACCGGAGAUGCUGCUGCUGGUGCCGAUACUGUGGCUUUUACCUCUGACUGGAGCGGCUCCGUCUCAGACUACCGAGCAGCUGGACACUGGGGUGGACUGGCUGAGUAAGUUUGGCUACCUCCCGCCUCCUGACCCAGUGACUGGUCAGCUACAGACCAAGGAGGCCCUGACCAAGGCCAUCAAAGCCAUGCAGAAGUUUGGAGGGCUGAAGGAGACGGGAGUCUUAGACCAAGCCACACUGGGCCUAAUGACAACACCCAGAUGUUCUCUGCCAGAUGUGUCUGAUGCCGAGUCAACAGUGGGCCGCAGGAAACGAAGCCCAACUCCUCAGAAUAAAUGGAAUAAGAGGCAUCUGUCCUGGAGAGUGAGGACCUUCCCUAAGGAUUCAGCCUUACUGGGCAGGGACACUGUUCGGGCCCUGAUGUACUACGCCCUGAAGGUCUGGAGCGACAUCGCGCCUCUGAACUUCCACGAGGUGGCCGGCAGUGAUGCAGACAUUCAAAUCGACUUCACUAAGGCCGACCACAAUGAUGGAUACCCCUUUGAUGGGCCAGGGGGCACCGUGGCACACGCGUUUUUCCCUGGUGAGAGGUUCACAGCUGGGGAUACACACUUUGAUGAUGACGAGGCCUGGACCUUCAGAUCACCAGACUCUCAUGGAAUGGAUCUGUUCGCGGUUGCAGUCCAUGAGUUCGGUCACGCCAUCGGCCUGGUCCACACCUCAGCCAUGGAGUCCAUCAUGAGACCAUACUACCAGGGUCCUGUGGGGGACCCUCUUAAAUAUGACCUUCCGUACGAAGACAAGGUCCGCGUCUGGCAGCUCUACGGUGUCAGAGACUCAGUGUCCCACACAAACCGACCAGGCGACCCCUCCCAGACAGCUGAACCUCCUGUCCUGCUGGACUUGCCUGAAAACAGAUCUGCUCUCCUGCCGGCGCGAGAUGCCCCAGACAGAUGCACCAGUCACUUUGAUGCAGUGGCCCAGAUACGAGGGGAGGCCUUCUUUUUCAAAGGAAAGUACUUCUGGAGACUAACACGAGAGAAGCACCUGGUGUCUCUGCGUCCUGCUCAGAUCCAUCGCUUCUGGAGGGGCCUCCCAACCAACCUUGAUAGUGUGGAUGCUGUGUAUGAGAGACCUGGGGACCACAAGAUAGUCUUUUUCAAAGGUCUAAAGUACUGGGUAUUUAAAGACAAUAUUGUGGAGGAAGGCUACCCGCGUCCGAUCAGUGACUUUGGCCUGCCCUUGGAAGGAGUGGAUGCAGCCUUUGUUUGGCUACACAACGACAAAACCUACUUCUUCAAGGACAACCACUACUGGCGCUACGAUGACCACCUGAGGCGUAUGGACCUGGGCUACCCUAAAGACAGCACACUCUGGAAGGGGCUGCCACCUCAGCUGGACGACGCCAUGAGGUGGUCCGAUGGCUCGUCCUAUUUCUUCAAGGGGAAGGAGUACUGGCGAGUGCCUGGCAGUGACAUGGAGGUGGAGGCAGGAUACCCCCGCCUCAUCGCUAAAGACUGGCUCCUGUGCACCGAGAUGCAGUCAGACUCUCCGGACGCGGAGCCCAAAAGCACUGAGACGAGAGUCAACGUGCACCAUCACCCAGACCACGCAGAGAACGGCUAUGAGGUGUGCUCCUGCACCUCUGACACCGCCUCGCCUUUAGGUGUCCGCCUUUCCCCAUCUCCCCUGUGGCUGCUGCCACCCCUCUGGACGCUUUCGCUCACCUUCCGCUCUGAACUGCUAUGAUGCCAAAGCAUGGGACAAAGUUCCUGAGCUGAUUGGUGGAGGGCCAGUGGACACUCAGUUGAAGCAAAAAACUGGAAUUUUCUUCUUAUUAUUAUAUCAUUUGGUAUCCUUUUUGCGCUAAUUUUGCUGUUAUUUAUUUUACAUGUCAUUGGGUGGGCACUGCCAGCUGAAGUAGUCGUCCUUAUAGGCAUCAACCCACACAUGCUUUACAAAGUCUUUUUUUUUUUACUCAACAGUCAAAUUGCCUCAUUGCUACAAGAAAAAGGUUAAAGGUUAUAGAAGUGUAUUCCAUAGCAGUGAUUAUUUGUCUUCAUGUGCAGCAGGUUUUCAGCUGCAGUGCCUCUCACACACACAAGUUGAGGGCAUCCAGGGAUGUAGGCAGACGCAAAGGUGAACAGCGUGCCAAGACACACAUUGUUGCCUGUUUUAUAAGAUUACAGCAGAUGCUUUAUUACAGGGUCAGCUCACCAACAUUAGCUCAAAAUUACCAAAAAAAACACAUAUUUUCACACUUACCUCUCGUGGUAUGUAGUAAUGUAUAUGGUUUAAUAUGUUGGUAAUAGUUUCUGUGUCCACCCUGAUACAGUGGAGGUAAAGGGAUUUUUUUUGCUGUUCAAGACAGUGAAAAAUUACAUUUGUAUGUCAGUCUUUCUCUGGAUCAUCCACAGAACUAAUCAGGAUUAUUUACUCCCAGGCUGCCCCAGACUAAGAAUUUUCCUAGUUGACCAACAGUCGUCAUUUAGGGCCAUUAGUCGACAAGUCACUCACAGGUUUACGAUAUUAAUUUAAUUAUUAAGUUAUAUAUUUUGGGCGGGGCAACACAAUGGUUUGAGUUGAAGGUGUGAGAAAGAAUAGUAUCAGUAACAUUGUUAACACUGUGCUACAUUACAGAGAAAUACAAACUGUACUAAUGAACCUUCAUUAAUAUAGGCCUAUAUUUUAUCUACAAGUGCACGUCACACACUGAGCGAGCCGCCUGUUAAUGACGCUGUUGGCAAAGCAGUAAUGAUUGUGCUAAGUGGCUAAUGGGCAUGUAGCUACUUCCAUGUUUCAGAUGAUACGUCAUGUUUGUAGUCGACCAGUGAAGAUGAGUUUACAUAUCACCUUGGGUUCGUCCUUCACCUUCUCAAAAUGAUCCCACACUUUGGAUUUCCUGCCCGACAUGUUAUUAACUAGCCUGUGGAAUAACCGCAGGUACCAGCCCUGGAAAUUAGGGGCAGUACACAUCGCGUCUUUAACACGAGGCACUGGGCACUACUCUUGUGCCUUUUUUGCAAAGCAACCUUUAGAAGCAUCAUAUAGCCUAUGUACUUGAUAUCCUGAGUGCAGAGCUGAUCUUCUUCCAGGCGCUGUUUAUAAGUGUGGAGGCCUGUCGUCCGUGGGACAGAUGUAAAGCUCUGGGUAGCCCUGCACUAACAUGAUCAACUUUUCCGUAUUUAUCAGACUGAAUAUUUACAGAAGAAAGGAAAGAUAUAUGUUGGCUGUGAUUGGUUUGUAACGCGACUCCUGUCUGACUCCUGAGCGUGGCCACUUCCUGUGUCAGUCCUUUCAAAUUCCCACAUGAUCCAAUCAUACAGGUUUUGAUUUAUUUUGAUAAGGGGCAGCUCGUAAUAGAGUUUCACAUUUGUUUUUUGUUUUUCUGCGACUAAGCAACCAAUGGAAUCUUGCCGACUCAUUACCUUUCUGGUCGACUAACAUUUGGUCAACUAUUAGAGGGGCAGCUCUAAUUAUUAUUUAGUUCUAAGUAAAUAACCCACCUGCCAGGAAAAUUUUGGCAUUAUACGUUUCUGCAAACCACAGAUACUUUACAUUUAUACGUUAUUAUGUAGCAGAUUCGUUUAUGUUCCUGUACAUUUCAACAACGCUGUGGUUAAUGUGUGGUUAACGUGUGGUUAGGUGUAGCCACAACAACUAUGGUAAGGUGGUGCUAUCCCGACUGGAAUAGCAAAGAUGUCUCAGUGAACAAACAACUGCUUUUCGUGACACUAUCCCGACAGGAAACUCAGCGAUGUCUUGGUGAAAACACAAGGGCUUUUCACGGCACCAACUCCAGUGGGGUGGAUAAAAAAAACACCCUCUUUUAGUGUCUAAAAAACUGCAGAGGGUCGCUAAAGCACACCUGGUCUUGUUUGUUGUGUAAGUGACAUGCCAUCUGCCAUCCAACCUCCCUGUUACGCCCGUAACCAUCUAAACCCCAAACAUACUAACUACACCUAUGUUGGGGACGAAAAAAACCCAACAAAAAGACAUUUUCCAAAUCAGAAACACUAGAAAAAAAUAUACAAAAUAAAAUGGCAGCCCACCCCUACAGCUUCAAGGAUAAGUUCAAAAAUAAUUAAAGUAACCUAGUGUAACAAAUAGGCUAUUGAAUACCCACAGUGUUUCUACAAAUAUGAAAAUCUCACUAAGAUGGCCCACAGGAGGCACAAGCAGUCAAUGCCGAAAAACCAAAUUUUCAGGUUUAACACAACACAAUACCCAAAGGUUCAAAGGCUGAGAGGGAACGCUGCUGCUGUCAGUUGCCUGUCAACCAGCCUGUUAGGAAGCCGAGGGUUUUAAACAGCAGAUGGUAGUUGGGGGAGCCAAUUAGCUGAGACCAAGCCCACACCUCCAGCCAAUCAGCACACCACACCUGUAGUUAAGAGACAAAGAUCCUCACACAAAUGGAGCACUCACUCUUACUCUUAAACAUGUGAAGGACACAGAGAAACCAGCCAGAGCUGUAACACCUCCACCAAUCGAUGACAGUCAGCUCAUAUACUACAUCACUUUAAUAAUAUGAUAUGUAUGAAACAUGUAAAUGUAACGUGUUUGUGGUUUUGCAGAAAUAUACAGCGCCAACAUUUUCUUCUGGCAGCUGGGCUGAAUGAAAACAGUUAACAGAGUUUUCAGAUUAUCCAGAGUAACACUGACAUUUGACUGUGAGGUUAUAAAGGUAAUUUUUCAAUGCCGUGUGCACCACUAACACUCUCCAUUCGCCAAACAUUCAGUGUGCAGACUUCUUACUGUGAGAGCCGUAAGGAUGGAUACAUGAGUAGGCGGACAGACUCUGUCAGCACCAGUUUCCUUCCCUCAGCUGUACUCUGAAGUGAGGAACUGCUGCUCCUGUAUGUAUUCCCCAGGUUUCAUCAUUUCCACCUCUGGUUCUGAAGCAUUCCCUGCUCUUGCUUUAGUUGUAUCUUUUGUAUCAGAUUCAGAUGAAAUGAUAUUCCUGUUUAUUUUGCAUUGCUUUCAUCAGGUCAUAGAGUUUAUAGAGCCUUUGUUGGCCUGUUGGACAAUUUCCUUUAUCACCCCUAGCUCCUUUGAAGAGUCACAAGUCGGCCCCUGGAUUUUCUCGCUGUAAAGAUAUAUUUACCUAUAGACUGAUAUAUUUGAGUUG